AUGACCUAUUACCGCGCGCGCGGGCACCCCCUCGAUUCCCUCGUCGAUCUCUCGCACCUCUCCUCCGUGCCCUCGCCCGCACACCCCUCCGCUCCCGCGCACAACUCCCAUCCGCUCGCGCAGCGGUUCUCCGCGCCCACCUCCCCUUCCGGCUCCUCCGUUCACUCCGCCUUCGGCCCCUCCUCCGCUUCUGUCAUUCUCCCCCCUUCUUCCGCCUCCGCAAUCCUUCCGCCCCCUUCCCGCGGAGCCUCCGCCAACUACCGCUCCGCGCUUUCCAAGCCUGGCGCGAUGGGCCCAGGCGGAGGGGGAGCAGGCGCGGGUGGCGUGGGGGAAUGGGUAGCGGAAGUACACGCGCAGCGGAGAGGGAAUGAUGGGGGAGUGACGGGCGAAGGGGCUGGGCGAGGGGAAAGGCAGGGAAGCUCCGCGGAUCGGGGGGGAACGACGCGAGGGGCACCUGCUGUUUCUGCUGCUUCUCUCCGCCCGCCCUCGUCCUCCUCCUCCGCCGCCUCGCCCCUUCAUGCCCAAACCUCAUCCCUCGCCUCCCCUUCCCCUGCCACCCCCGCCCCAACACCCCCUGCCCCCUCCACAAUCUCUGCUGCUCACGCACCAGCAGCAGUGCCAGCAGCAGCAGCAGCAGCAGCAGCAGCAGCAGCAGCAGCAGCAGCAGCAACUGCCGCCACUGCUCCACCUGCCCACACCCACCAGUCCUUCUCGCUCUCCUCCUCCCCCUCUAAUCCCACAGCCCUCCACCCAUCACCCACCCCAUACCCCCUCUCCCCGCGCUCUCACUUCGUCCCGCUCUCCUCCCCUUCUCGCCCGCGCCCUGCCCUGCCCCUCUCCCCCUCCCCCACAUACGACCUCCCUAUCGCGCAUCACAGCUCCUCCCCCUCCGCCAGUGCUUCCCCCUACCCCCCUGCGCGCAGCCCCUUCUCUCCCCCAUCCACAGAGCUCCAGGCAGUUGCAGCAGCAAGAGGGGCGGGCAGGGCGGGCAGGGAGGGGGGCAUGGCGCGGGGAGGGGGGGAGCUGUGGCGAGAGCGGGUCCUGGCAGCAGCGGGGGCAGCAGGGGGGGCCGCGCCCUCCGCUGCCCCCCCACCAGCAGCACAAGCGGUGGGGGGAGCAGGUGGGGCGGGGGAGCUGGCGAUGGGGGGACAGAGGGCCGAUGCGGGGGGACUGCUGGGGGGAGUGAUGGCGCAGAGGCGAGCAGUGGGAGGAGGGGGGAGAGGGGGGGCAGGAGGGGUAGGUGCCAUGGGGGCAUGGUACAGGGUUGGGGGGGCAGGGGGGGCGGGUGGGGAACAGUAUGGGGAUGGGUACGGGGAGGCGCAUAAGAGGAGGCGGAGGGGGGUGGUGGGGUUGGCGGUAGGAGCAGCAGAGCAGGUGUGGCGGUGGUGGCAGGAGGCAGAGUGGGUGCGGGACUUGGUGAGAGACGGCAGGGACGGCAGGGAGGAGAGAGAGGGGAGAGAGGCGAGGGAGGGGAGGGAGGAGAGAGAGGGGAGGGAGGGGAGGGAGGGGAGGGAGGGGAGGGAGGGGAGGGGAGCACGGAGGAGGCAGGUGGCGAUGGUGGGGUUGGGUGCGGCCGAAAGUGACCCCUCGGCCCGGGCAGUGUCAGGCAACACAGCAGCGCUGCAGGGCGACCUGCUGCUGCACGCCCAGGCGGAUCUGGCGCGCCUGGAGGGCGCGGAGGAGGGGCAGUCGUGCUGGGCGCUGCACGAGCGCCCGCUGCUCCUACCCCCCUCGCCCCACUCGCCCUCCCCCGCUCUGCUCGCUGCUCUCCGCGCCUACGAGCACAUGCACGAGCUACCUGGUGUGGUACGAGCCGCAGACGCGCCCCAGUGUGGUUGUGAGCGGCAGCCGCAGACCCGUGCUGUUCCCUCUGCCCACAACUCCCUCCUGCCUCCCCGCCACGCCACUCUGCCCCCCCCCGGCAGCUACCUGGUGUGGUACGAGCCACAGACGCGCCCCAGUGUGGCGCAGCGCCUGCUGUCACUGCUCUCCGCCUUCCUCUACGCGCUGCUCACCCACCGCGCCCUGCUCGUUGACACGCACGGCGACCUCCCCAGGGACGUUGCAACCAUCUACUUUGAGGUGAGUGCCGUGCCCAUGCCCAUGCCCAUGCACGUGCACAUGCACAUGCACAUGCACAUGCACGUACACACGCACGCGCCCAUGCACACACCCACGCCCACGCCCACGCCCACGCACAUGCACGUAUUCAAGCACAUGUACGUAUUCAAGCACAUGUACGUAUUCAAGCACAUGUACGUAUUCAAGCACAUGUACGUAUUCAAGCACAUGUACGUAUUCAAGCACAUGUACGUAUUCAAGCACAUGUACGUAUUCAAGCACAUGUACGUAUUCAAGCACAUGUACGUAUUCAAGCACAUGUACGUAUUCAAGCACAUGUACGUAUUCAAGCACAUGUACGUAUUCAAGCACAUGUACGUAUUCAAGCACAUGUACGUAUUCAAGCACAUGUACGUAUUCAAGCACAUGUACGUAUUCAAGCACAUGUACGUAUUCAAGCACAUGUACGUAUUCAAGCACAUGUACGUAUUCAAGCACAUGUACGUAUUCAAGCACAUGUACGUAUUCAAGCACAUGUACGUAUUCAAGCACAUGUACGUAUUCAAGCACAUGUACGUAUUCAAGCACAUGUACGUAUUCAAGCACAUGUACGUAUUCAAGCACAUGUACGUAUUCAAGCACAUGUACGUAUUCAAGCACAUGUACGUAUUCAAGCACAUGUACGUAUUCAAGCACAUGUACGUAUUCAAGCACAUGUACGUAUUCAAGCACAUGUACGUAUUCAAGCACAUGUACGUAUUCAAGCACAUGUACGUAUUCAAGCACAUGUACGUAUUCAAGCACAUGUACGUAUUCAAGCACAUGUACGUAUUCAAGCACAUGUACGUAUUCAAGCACAUGUACGUAUUCAAGCACAUGUACGUAUUCAAGCACAUGUACGUAUUCAAGCACAUGUACGUAUUCAAGCACAUGUACGUAUUCAAGCACAUGUACGUAUUCAAGCACAUGUACGUAUUCAAGCACAUGUACGUAUUCAAGCACAUGUACGUGCUGCUCCGCCUGUGA